AUGGCAAAUAUUACUCGAGAUCGAGAGAUUAUCUCGGAAAUCUAUUCUCAGUCCGGUGGCUUUUUGGGUGAUACUGAACAAGAAAAGGCACUUGGCAAUUUCCUGGGUGCUCCUGUCCUAAAGGCAGCAGCCAAAGCGUGGACCAGCGACACACGGUUUUUUUACGAACUCAUUCAGAAUUCCGACGACUGCUCAUAUACCUGGGCAGAAUCCCAAAAGAAACGUCCUUCCUUGUGGUUUGAUUUCAAACCGGGUCGCAUUAUCGUCCAUUGUAACGAGGAUGGGUUCGAAGAAAGCCAUGUCCGUGCAUUAUGCAGCGCUGGAAAGAGAACGAAGACAGGGCAGAUCGGUGAAAAGGGAAUUGGCUUCAAGUCGCUCUUCAAGGUUGCCUGGAAAGUCCAGAUCCAGUCUGGUCCUUUCUGCUUCUCACUGCAGCACCGAGAGGGACAGAAUGGCUUGGGGAUGAUAGCCCCCGUCAACGAGGCACACGAAGACCUUUCAGAAGAUGUACGGACCCAGUUCACUCUCUUCCUCAUUAGCCCAGAGCACUAUCUGGACCUCAGAGACAAGCUACUGAACUUUCCACUGACCAUCACUGCGUUUUUGCGCAACACCAAAAUGGUGGGUGUCUGGCGUCAACAUACAUUCCUUACGUUUUCAAGUGUGCGUAAUUACGACGAGGUUUGUCUCUGUCUGCGCAACGGAUCCGGCAUAGUAAGAAGGGCAGACUUCAUCCUAUUUACACAGAAGGUAGCUGGACUACCGCGUCGAGACAGUCGUCCUUUCCCUGGCUCGACCGAGAUGACACUGGCAUUUCCAUUCUCUAGCGAGUUGCCCCCUGCAGUCUCAACAGCUGAAUAUUUCGCGCAUUCAUACCUUCCUCUGUCUGCAGCGGGAGGGAGCCUAAAUUUCCUUGUGCAAUCCGACUUCAUCGUACAGGACAAUAGGGAGAGUCUGGCGUGUUGUCCUUGGAACGACCAUCUCCUGAGCGAGCUUCCUCAAGUUUUUCAUGCUGCACUUAAAACAUUGUCUUCGAUGGAGCGGUUUGAAUAUUCAUGGCCUCAAUUCCUUCCUACGGACGACACCAAACGCCCUCAGUGGGCACAGUUCCAUAAGAGUGUCAAGCAAGACCUGAAACAUCUGCGUAUCUUCAAGACUGUGAAAGGCACACUGAAGACUCUAGAAGAGGUUCGAUACUUGCAACCGGAACACUGCGACUCCAAAGGAAAUCCUUUGUUUAGCGACUCGGAAGAGGAUGUUUACCUCUCAACUCAGUAUAGCGAAUACUAUGGGAUCCUCAGUACAUUUGGCCUUCAGCCUAUUUCAUCGCAUCAGUUACUUCACCGACUACGCCGCCAUCUCUCUAGCAUACUAUUUGGCAAGGCGACGUUUGAACAGCACUUGGAAGAUGACUGGUACACUAAAGUGGCUUCCCUUGUAUUGUCAUGGAUGGACUCGCCUCUUCACGAUUUUGUGAAAGAGGUGGAAGCACUUCAUCUUGUUCCCGUAUAUGAGAAAUCACUUUUCGAUCCUAUAAAAACGCUUAAACUGUUCAAAAGCCCAAGGAAGACUGACAUUUACUUCCCUCACGACACCUGUGGGAACUUAAUUCCAGAUUCAAUUAUCGACACAGUGCCGGUGGCCAGUGCAGCGAAUGAUAUACAGAAGCAGCUAUUCACACGACUGGGCGUCAAGCGUGCAAGCCAGGCUUUUGUUAUCCAGUGCAUAUAUUCUUUGAAUGACAAAAGAAUCUUUCGUCCCGGACUUUCCCAGUCUGUACAGAAUCUUCGAUAUAUGUUUUUGGCCGCUCCUGACGGCCGCGUAAUCGACACUGAACGUGUUCUCCUCUAUGAUGAUGCUGGGAAAGCCCUGAUGAAUCUGUCGCAUAGUCGACCCGACAUAUACUUCAAAACCGCUGAUGUAUACGGUAUGAGCGAGAUCUAUCGGCUCGCCCAUCGCCUUCCGUCUCUCCCGGUUUGCUUUCUACACCCCAGUUAUACCACUGAUUUCCAAAAUGAUACCGCGUGGAAAAGCUGGCUCGAGGAUACCUGCUGUAUCCGAACCGUCCCAAGGCUAGAAACCUUGGAUUCUCCCGGGCGGCCUUCCGAUAUACUGAAGUGUAUAGUGAGGUAUCUCCCAGACAGGUUAAUCGGCAUUUUGAAGGUGCACUGGGAUACAUACGAGAAGGAGCUAGCCAACGCCUCCCCGGCCACCGUAUCAUACAUCAAGGCAGCCCUUGUUCCUACUGCAUGUGGCAAGGUACCUCUCGAGGACACUUACUUGGGGUUGCCAGAAAUGACAGACAUAUGGUCCGACUCUUUGAAGGACAAAUUCCCGUUUCUUUCAAUUCCGUCCAUGUGGGCCAGCGGUGAAAAGGUCAACUGGGAGUUUCUCUCGCGGUUCGGGGUUACUACGACAUUGACGGCCGAUUAUCUGUUGGAAAGUCUGUCCAGGCUGUCCCAAGUAUCUCCCAGGGAGCAUGCAAGGAUUGGUUUCUUUAAACUAUAUGCCGUACUGGCCGAUCAUCCGUUUGCGGAAUUAUGGGACCGGUUCGAGGUCAACAAGUAUAUCUAUAUCCCAGACAAAGAUGCCUGGUGCGAACCAAGCGAAUGCGUGUGGAGCGCCUUCCCAAUUACUAAACGAAAGUAUGGAAUACGCCAACUCUAUCCGGACUUGAAAGAGUUCCUUGUAGAUGGGCUUGGUGUAUAUACACCGGGUGUGGGAGAUUGCGUUUACGAAAUUGAGUUGGCCGCAUCUGUAUGGGAUCCAACGUCCGGCCAGGUGUCGGCCCUUAUCCAGGAGCUGAGCGGUCUUAAUCCUACAUCCAAAGAGCUUCAGCGUCUGGAGCUGACUAGGUUCCUGCCUGUUCGGCAGUGGGGUUCAUAUGCUUUAUAUGUGACUGUCCAUGACGAGUUUGUAAUUGUCGACGAUGUGCGCUUUGGGGUCAGUUCUAGCGUGCCGGUCCUUAGCAUGACAAGAGAAGAAGUGUGUCGUUCACGAGCAUUCAUUGAAGCUAUGGGACUUGCGAGCCGGUAUGUGUCGAGGCAGCUCAUAGAGGAGACAUACGUUGUCAAGGACGAGGGCCAAUCCGACGACCUGACGCUGGCCAUGCGGCAGAAGGCUGAAUUUCUAUACCGCCCGAGAUUUACGCUUUCUAGAGGGAAAUCAGAACGGGUUUUCUCACAGGCCACUGUCUAUAUAGCGACGGACCUCAAGGGAUUCUUCAAGCUUGAAGGAGGACUCAACGUGCGUAACAGCCACCCCGGCCGGGUUCAUAUCGAAGACGCCGAUAGCACACUCCGGAUAUACGUUCCUCUGGAUCCAAAACAACGAGCUAUCUCCUACGCGACAGAGCUCCCGCGGGCACUAGUACGGGUUCUCUUGAUACGUGAUGAAACAGCAUGCGAUGCAUUUGCCACUGUCUUGCGUGAACCUGUCGACAUCCUGGAUGACAUUCUCACUGAGAAGGGUGUGAUCCAAUUACCCACAACGGAGCCAAAAGGCCAAGGGCUAGCGAUUCGUACAAAGACUCAGGCAGGGUCUGAGAAACAAAUCUCACACUCCAUACCCAGCUCAAGCUAUAUGAAGUCAACUCGGAACUCUGCUGCAAUAAUGCUGGAAGCAUCCGAGGAGUGCAUUAAAAAACAGAAGACCUUAUCGUCUCGCUUGACCGCAUUAUCCCGAAAGUAUAGCCCUGCAGAUAUAGAGGUUGGAAGCCUGGGCACUAUGAGCCCCCUGUUUGGAUAUCUGUUCUCAGAGGAAAAUCGGCACCUUACAACCAUCGCAGCAGCCAUGGAUAUGGCAGCGCAGAGCUUUGAGCCUGUGUGGAUAAGCUUCUUGCUUGGGAGUCCCGAGAUAUAUGGUCCUGUCACAAUCACUAACUCUGCGAUUGAGAUUGCUAUGCAGAACGAAGUUUGUGGCAACGAGAUCACAAGAUGCCUAUUCGAAUAUCUUGGUCGAUCUGGGCAGGAAUUUACUGUCACAGAAGCUCAUCUGCAAGCCGCAGCAGAAAACGAAAGAUGUGGGCGACAGAUAAUGCCUGUUUUGCUUGACUAUGCAAAGGACAAGCACGAGGGCAUGAAGGUAAUCACAGCAAAGGUGUUAAGAGCUGCAGUCGAGAACACUGAAUGUGGCGAUGCACUUGUUUCGCUCCUUCUUGAGCAGCAGAAUAUCAAUGUCGCUAUUACGGAAGAUGUUGUCAUUGCAGCUGCAGAGAACGAAGACCACGGGUGCCAAAUAAUGGAACAGCUGUUGGAGCAUGAUAGCCAUAUCACGAUGUCUUCAGCUAUUUUUACAGCAGCUGCGGGAAAUAUGGAACAGGGUCUGGACAUCACGAAGCUUCUACUUCAGCAUACCGGGGAUAACACUCUAAUCACGGAGGAUGUCAUUAUAUCAGCCAUGCGUAAUGAUAUGGACGGUCUUCAUAUUUUGGAGCUCCUGAAAGAGCACUGCGAGAGUCUAGAUGUGACAGAGAACAUCUUAAUUGCAGCAACAGAAGGCGAUAACUGUGAUGAUAUUCUGGAGUUCCUUGGUUUAUCUCCAGACUCUCUGAUUACCAGCUCUGUCAUUGAAGCUACGGCAGGGAGCCCAUUUUACGAGAUUGAUUGUUUGCGACGUCUUCUAGACCUCAAAAGCUUAGAUACUGAGGUCACUGAGGCGGCUAUUCUGGGCGCCGUCCGUUGGGCGGACCAGGUCGAGCUUCUAGUCAAACACCAAGGACGCCUCACUGACGCCUUCCUAGUAGCGGCAGUAAGUACGGUCGACUGGCCUCUAAAAUCGGCCAUUCUUGAUCAACUCCUCGCCCAUGGUCUCCGCAUUACGGAACCUGUCCUGGUAGCAGCUGCUGCAAACCCGGGACAUGGUAUAACUGUGGUUCCCAUGUUACUGGCAUCUGACAAAGAGAUUCGUAUCUCUGAGAGUGUCAUUCUUGCAGCUGUAACGAAUCCUGGCUCAUAUACAGAUGGCAUCGUACAGAUCCUGUGGGACCGACAGCCUGAUGUUCCCAUCACCGAGGAAACUAUUAUUGCGGCUGCGUCGACAGAUACCUCUGCAGUGGUGAGGCUAAUUGAGUUAAUCAAUGCGUCCCCUGAUAGAUGUGCUGUUCGGAUUGGAAGGCGCCUCCUCGAAGCUCUAUCAGGGAAUAGGUCAUGUGGAGCGAAAGCGCUGCGUCUGCUACUCGAAGACCUAGCCGCAGACGAAAAGCCCAUCCCAGUUACUGAAGAAGCAUUAAUCAAUGCGGCGGGGAAUACGGGCUGCGGCUUUGAGGUCAUGGAUCUGUUACUCGAUCAUGGACACGUUCUUUCUGACCGAAUGUCUGAGGAAGCCCUAAUAGCAGCAGCUGGGAAUUCAUUAUGGGGACUUGAGCUCCUGGUCCUUUUUGUCGACCAUGACUAUCCCCUCUCGCACUCGAGAAAGGUCGUUAAUGCGGCGCAGGAGAAUAUCUGGGCUGGCGAGGAGAUUCUGGCGUUCAUCUUGAGACACGUAUAUACAGAUGAUUAUGUUCUCGAUGGCGGCUAUUCUUCAGAAGACGAGGGCUCAAUGUUUUCUGGGGAUACAGAGGUACCGGAGGAUGGGGACUUCACAGACGACAAGAAUAGCUCAGAAAGUGCAGAGGGGUCUGAGGAAGCGUAUGAAACUGCAGACGAUGGAUAG